UCGAUCUUAAAUGUAAAAACAUGGAAACUGAGAAACUGUUUUGCUGAAGAGAGAAUGUCUGUGGAGCGAUUCAUUAAAUUUCUGUGGCAAAACACUAAAGUAUCACUCCUGUGAAAUUAACCCUUUAAGAGCGGAGACUAGCGAACUCGAUUCAGAGAUGUGUCAGUGCUUGUGUUAGAGGCACAGUUGCUCAUUGCGCUGUUGUUUCAGUCAAGUAGAUCUGUAAUUACACUGUGACACACAAAAGAAUUCUUUAUUAUCCUCAUAAUUGCUCCAAAUCACGUUUCAUUUCAUGUCAUAGCUUGUUUGACAAGGGUCAAGUGUUAAGGGGUUAAUGUCAUGUGGGGAGAGCAGAGGGGAGGAGUAUUAAAGAGAGCAGGAGCACAAUUGCAUCAUUUACAGACAAGUGAAACUUAACAUUGGGGUUCUGCAGAAACCUCAACAACUGGUAAACACAGUUCAGUUUGUCUGUUCAUGUGCAAAGAGAAGCAGCAGAACUGAGCAUCGGAAAUAGAAAUGGCCUCGGCCAAUAGUUUUCUGUCUGAAGAUCAGUUCCUGUGCUCCAUCUGUCUGGAUAUCUUCAGCGAGCCUGUUUCUAUUCCAUGUGGACACAACUUCUGCAAGGCCUGUAUCACCAGGCACUGGGAAGGCAAAGACCGGUGUCAGUGUCCACUGUGCAAUGAGAAGUUCAACAAAGGGCUCAAACUCCGUGUCAACACCGGAUUCAAGGAGGUUGUGGAGAAUUUCAGGAAACACUGCAUCGUGGCUAACAAUGAUGUCCCCGUUAAACCAGGUCAGGUACCAUGUGACUGCUGCUCUGGCAACAAGUUCAAAGCCUCUAAGACCUGUUUGGUGUGUUUGGCUUCUUUUUGUGAGACACACCUCGAGGCUCAUCAGAGAGUCGCUGCCUUAAAGAGGCAUAAACUGACUGAUCCUGUGCAGAACUUGGAGGACAAGAUAUGCAAAAAACACAACAGGAUGUUAGAGCUCUUCUGCAGGAAGGACCUGACUCGUGUUUGUGUCUUGUGUACAGAACAUAGCGAUCAUGAUACAGUCGCUUUAGAGGAAGCGUAUGUAGACAAGAAGGCUCAGAUGAGGAAGAAAAAAGCAGAAGCGCAGGAAACCAAACAGAAGAACAGAAAGAAGGCUCAGAAGACCAAGAGAAAAGGAAAAGAUGAAACGACAGCAAACAGUGUGGUGUCCAAUCAAAUGCAAGCUCCUCACAUUUGGUGGUUUCCCUAUGAAGGCCCACACCAUUUCAAUAGAUAUUCAUUUGCUCCUCGAAACAAGGGCUUUUCUGGAGGGAGAUUCUACUAUGAGGUUCAGGCUGAAGGGAGGACUGGCUGGGAUUUAGGAGUAGUCAGAGAGUCGAUGCGUGGGAAGAGGACAUUCACACCAAAUCCCAGGAAUGGAAAGUGGAUGAUUAGGUUAGGGAGUAACAAUAUCUGCAAAGCUCUACAUAAUUACCCUGUCCACCUUUGCUUGUUAAGGAAACCUGAGAGAGUGUUGGUGUUUGUAGAUUAUGAAAGUGGAUUGGUGUCCUUUUAUGAUGCAGAUACUUCAGUCCUGAUCUACUCUUUUACUGGCUGCAGUUUCAAUGAGAGAAUUUUCCUAUUCUUUAGCCCCAGUCCUACAGAGGAUGUUAGCUGGGUACAGAGACUGUGGAGGAAGGUUCAGAGGAAAAUGAGGACACAGCCUUCAGAUACCUUAUUCUUCUUUAUUGCUAUGGUCUUUGCUUGCUUGAUUUUCAGUCAGCAAAAAUGAACAUCACAUUUUUUCCAGGGGCAGAAAUGAAACAGGUUGUGAUGAAAUCUGUAAAUGCAUCUCUACAAUGUUUUUAGACGUGAUAAGUUCAGUUUUCAUUUGCCAAAAUUAAAUAAUACGAGAGUUAAAACAGAUUUGAUGAAAUCUAAAAUCUAAAUCAGAAUUUGAUUAUGAUGAACUGGAUGUUUUGAAAAACCAAGACUGAGCUCAGUUUAACUGUAAAUAAUUACCUUCAGCCUCUAUAAUGCUUUUUGAUAAUUGUUGAACAUUAUGUGACAUGUUUAUUUAUUAAUUUACCCGACCAUAUUACUGUAAACUUUCUGAAAACUACUGCAUCUAUCUAACCAUCUGUUUGUUUGUUCCUUCAAACAAAUAAAAUUUGAGCGUCCA